AUGGAAUUUAACAAUAUAUUUUCUUUUAAAAUAAUAAAAAAUUCUAUACACUUUAAUAUGGAAGAAAGUGAUGCGCUUUCAGAUUCUUCUUUUCAAGAAGCCGACACUAAUCUCAGUAAAAACCAAAAUUUCUGGAAUUUUUGUUGCAAAAAGAGCCAAAUUGAUAACUCUGAAGAAGCCCGCAUUGAACGAGCAUGUGAGCGCUGAAGAAAAGUCAUUACUCCCCCCCCCCCCUCCGUGAGCGAACAAAACCAUUAGAAAAAUCGCCAUUUUUUGACCAAAAACCCACCCUCCGUGAGUGAACAAAAAUUUUUUUAAUAGAAAAAAUUUUAAUGGAAAAAAAUUUUGAUAUAUAAGUGAUAAUUAGUAUAAUGAAAUCUAGAGCUAAUUCUGUUUAAUUUUAAACAAAUUGCGUUUUAAAACAUAAAUUUUGCAAAUUAAAUUAAUAUUUGCUUCCAAAUUUUUGCAAAUUAGGAUUUUUUUUAAAUUUCGAAAAAAAUAUUUUUUAUAAAAUUUAUAUAUAAAUUUUUUUUAAAAAAAAAAAUUAACCCCCCUCCGUGAGCGAACAAAAUUUUUUUGUUCGCUCACGGAGAGGGGGGGGGGGAGUUAGAUUUCGAGGCAUUGUUUCUUCGAUUAAUAUGUAAAAAAUAUCUAGUGUAAAACAGCAAACAAAAGACGCAGAAAAUGAUUAUUACCAUGGAUCCACCUCAGAAGUAAAAGAUUCAGGGAAAAUUAAGAAAAAAUCAUGAAUUAUUUAUUCAGGCAGUAAGAGGAAAAAGGUUUUUGACUUUUUACUUUCUUUUGUAUAUUUAUAUUUUUGUUUUGAAGGCCCUUAUAGAGUCUUUUUUUACUCACUCCCCCCCAUUUAAAUUGGAACAAAAUAUAGGUAAAAUUUCCACUUUUUUGGUAAAUUAAACCCCCUUUAAAUUGGAACAAAAAUUUAAUUUUAUAUAGUCAGUGUCACUAACUAUAAUAAAAAUUUUUAUAUAUAAAAAUCAUAAUUUUUAUGUAAAAAGUUUUGAUAUAACGAUGACCCCCCCCUCAAUCUUCAUGUCUAUUGCAACAAAAAUGCAAUUUUUUAAUAUAAAAUUUUAUAUAAAAACAAUAAUAAUUUUCAUGUCUCUUGCAACAAAUUAUAUAGAUUAAAAAUGACGACACAUGCAACCUGCCCUCUUGGCGCAGUAGUCCAGACCUUAUGGCUACACCGAACUGGGACGGACUCCGAGCCGAGAAUCAGACGCAGGCUUAAGAAGUGUGUAUCCGGGUAGGUUUUGGCUGCUUUCCUGUGGUUGGAAAUGGAGGUGCUCAGCAACGUCCUUGGAUCCGAGGACCUAUGUGCAUUCCUCUAACGGGAAACUGGGGGUUUCAGCCCAGGCCACAGGGGAACAGUCUUUUUCCUGUAGCUGUCGAAGAAAGGCAUUUUGACACCCAAUAGACUCCAAGAGCUGAUCCUUGGAAUCAAGCUACUCCAAUCGCCCAUAGCAGGGCCGCAGAAAUCGAUAAGCCGCCCAUUCAAGACUGAACUCCCAAGGCAAGAAGGUGCCGGAAGGGCACUCGUAAAAGGGAUAGAUCCUCUGGGCUGGAGUCGAAAAGCAGUAGAACCUUCCGUACGGGAGGUCUUUAAUGACUGCCUCAUCAAUAUGGCUAGCGCCUGUCUGCAAUAAUCUUAAUUCUAAUCCUCUUGCAACAAUUUUCGAUGCGCAUCUUAAAUUUUUCCGUACUUUUUAGCUAGAUAAGUUUAAUAAAAUGGCGAGCGAUGGCAAUAGCAGUGGUAUUUUAAGAAACUCAACUAGAGAAAAAUGCAUUAAUUUUUUUUUAUAAAAAUGUUGUGUUGCAGUAGGCAUGAAGAUUUUUUCGAAAAUUUUUGUUGCAGUAGACAUGAAGAUUGAGGGGGGGUCAUCGUUAAUUUAAAUGUUUCUUCUUAACUAAAAUUAAAAAUUUAGUUAUAUCCUGCUAUUGUUUUAAAGAAUAGAGUAUAAAGAGCAUCUUAUUUAAAUAAAUUUAUUAUCCUUAAUUGCUAAAAUUUUUUUAGAUAAAAAUGAUAUUUUUUAUUAAAUAAUUUUGAUAUAAAUUCAAUCUGAAUUCUUUGCAAAAAUUGAAAAUUUACUUAUCUCUUGCUUUAUUUAAAAGAAUAGAGUAUAAAUGGCAUCUUAUUUAAACAAAAUUAGCACUUUGAUUAAAAAUUUUCUAAAUUUUUUAAUUUUUUAAUUUCUCUUUUAUCAAUAAAAAUAAUAAUUUUUGUGUAAAUAGUUUUGAUACCAAUUAAUAGUGGCGUGUUAAUUAAUAAUAAAAUUUUAGUUAUAUCUUGCUUUGUUUUAAAGGAUAAAGAGUAAAUAGCAUUUUAUUAAACAAAUUUAUUAAUCUAAUUCGAUAAAUUUUUUGAAUUUUUUUUUUUAAAAAAUUUUCUUAACCCCCCUUUAAAUUGGAACAACAUUUUUUGUUCUAAUUUAAAGGGGGGGGAGUCAGAUGACGAUAAUGAGAAUCCUAUUGAUUAUGAUUUGGCUUUAGACGCAAUUGUCUUUGUUGAUAUUAUUUUGAGAUUUUUUACAGCUUAUAAAUCAGGUGCAGUUGUAGUUGAUGACCAUAAGAGAAUUGCAAAAAAAUAUAUAAAAGGACUGUUUUUAAUAGAUAUUUUAUCUACUAUUCCAUUUUAUUUAGCUACACAUUGGCUUAUGUGGCUAAAAUUAGGAAGAAUUUUCAGGAUUGGCAGCAUUACGACAUGGAUUGAAAAAUCAACCGCCCGGACAGAAAAUGACAACGGCUGGCUUACAUUAAACUUCGCUUUGAGAACUCAAGUUACCAGAAUUUUGAAAUUUUUUUAUAGCAGUUGCCCGAUGAUGGCGCAUUAAGCGCCAUUAUCGAGCAACACCAGGCAAGGGUCCACAGUGGAAAUGGAUCCCACGUGUGGAGCCCUUUUUAACACGUGGAGAAUCCUCAUUUCCACGAGCCAAAAAGGGCUCCACACGUGGAAACCCAUUUCACGUGUGGACCCUUGUUUGGCGUUGCCCGAUGAUGGCACAUUGAGCGCCAUCAUCGGGCAACUGCUAUAUUAUAUUUGUCAUGCAUUUGCCACUAUAUUGCCUGCAUCUGGUAUUUUAUUGCAAAAUCAGAGUCAGAUGAUUUAACUAAAACUUGGAUUAAAGAAAACGGCCUUAAUAGAAACCAGCUAUAUGAGACUUCAUUGUAUUUCACAUUAGUCGUCUUCUCUACAACUGGGUAUGGAGACUAUUAUCCCAGAACUUAUGCAGAAACUGUUUUUAUGAUGAUUGUGCAGAUUUUAGGUAUAUUGAUGUAUGCAUAUUUUAUUGGAAAUGUCAGCAGCCUUAUAGCGAGUCUAAAAAGCAACGAAGAUUCCAUACACCAAAAAGAGCAUCAGCUUGAUAAAUGGCUAUUUUUAUUAGGCAAAAAUAAAAAUCAAAAAAAUAUUUCUCCUGAUAUGCAGAACACAGUAAGAAAAUAUUUCUCAUUUAUUUGGAAAUAUGAUAACUCAGCUAUUGUGAGAGAUUCUGAAUUUAUGAUGAGGCUGCCAUAUAAGCUUAGAAAAGCUUUAAUAAAACAUUUGUUUACUGGGGAUGUCAAAAGAUAUGAAGCAUUUUUUUAUGGUUGCCCUGAAGAGUUUUGUUAUCAUAUGGCUUUGAAUAUGUAUCCGAGGCGGUAUGAAAGUAUGGAAGAAAUUAUAUAUGCGAACACAGCUGUAAGCGAGGUGUAUUUUAUUCAUUCUGGUACAAUUUUACUUGGAACUCUACAUGGGGUUCAGCUUUUUUUGAAACUGUCCCCGCGAAGUUAUUUCGGAGAUGAAUAUAUUAUUUUUAAGUCUAAACCAAGAAUGUCUUAUUUGGCAGAUAUGAACGGAUGUGAGCUGCUGUGUGUGUCUAAAGAUAUCUUUGAGAAAUUUUUAAAAAAAUAUCCUCAAGCUUUUACUGUGCUUACUACUCCCCCCCCCCUCCGUGAGCGAACAAAACCAUUAGAAAAAUCGCCAUUUUUUUUGACCAAAAACCCACCCUCCGUGAGUGAACAAAAAUUUUUUUAAUAGAAAAAAAUUUUAAUGGAAAAAAAUUUUGAUAUAUAAGUGAUAAUUAGUAUAAUGAAAUCUAGAGCUAAUUCUGUUUAAUUUUAAACAAAUUGCGUUUUAAAACAUAAAUUUUGCAAAUUAAAUUAAUAUUUGCUUCCCAAAUUUUUGCAAAUUAGGAUUUUUUUAAAUUUCGAAAAAAAAUAUUUUUUAUAAAAAUUUAUAUAUAAAAUUUUUUUUAAAAAAAAAAAAAUUAACCCCCCUCCGUGAGCGAACAAAAUUUUUUUGUUCGCUCACGGAGGGGGGGGGAGUUAGUAGAAGAGCUUACAAGAGAGGCUUAUAUUUUAAUGCAAUUAUGUCUGCUGAAACGAAAAAACGAGAUAGCUUUGUAAUACAAUCUGAGUCUGAUCAAGAUAACGGUGAUAUUUUUCAAAAAAUGAAGAGAUCGGGGACAUCGGUUUUAACUAACUUUGAUGAAAAUUUUGAUAGCUUGAAUGAUGAAGAAAUGCAAGGUAUGAGAGAUGCGCUUAAUGAUAUUGAGCUACUAGAAAAUGGCCCGAAAAAUAAAGUCAUUGAAAAAAUGGAAGAUUCAAUCCAGCAAUUGAAAGAUUUGAAAAUUGAGAUGGAUGAGCUCAAUGAAAGCUUAAAAUUGUUGGAAGAUGAUUAUGAGGCAAAAAUAGAGGCAUUAUCUGGGUCUUAA